UUGAUGAAAUGUGCAUCAUAUUCCCACGCCCAUUGCCAGAUCACACCAAAUGAGAGAGAGAGAGAAAAAAAAAACUGAAUCUCAGAUCCCAACGAUCAACCACUUCCGCAGUAGUCGCACGGUUCCCCCACGGCCCCACCUUCCGUCCUUCCCAGCACCGCCGCGGACCAUAAUCCCCUUCGUCUUCCCCAGCACACUGCACACCUUCACUCCCGCAUCCUAAGCUAUGGCGGCGCUGAGCUGGAUCCGGCUCCGGCCGCCCCGUGCUGCCAUUCUCAUUUUGCUGCUCCUCGCCCUCAAUAUCUCCCCCUCCUUUGCCGCUAACUUCGAGGGCUUCGACUCCGACGACCUUCCUGUCGCGGCCGGCGGCCUAGAUGCUGACGAUGACGAGGGCCUCGACGGCGUCUACCUCCCGCCCCCUCCGCCCAUCUCCCUCUCCACCUCCGCUCCUUCACCUCCCGUCACGACGACACCGGCGCCGAACCCUAACCCGGCUACGCCUACGCCUCGGGAUCCCACCCCGGCGCUCGACCUCUGGGACGAAGACGAGUUCGAGGGCAUCCCCGUGCCCGAAGCGAUCCCCUCUGACGACUCCGCCGCGCCGGCCGAGGUCGACCCAUCAGAUCCCUCCGCGGAGGCACCGGUGGAGGUGGCGCCGGCUGCGAAGAGGAGCCCGGCUGAGCUCCUCCGCGCGUUCUCCUUCGAGAUCGCGUGCGCCAGCUUCCUGGUCUGUUACGUGCUCAACUACUUCACUGGGAAGCGGCAAAACGAGAACAUCGCGCUGGCCUGGGCCACCAAGUUCGCCACCAGGGACUCUAUCUUCGACAAGAACUUCAGCCUUCUUGGCACAGGCGACGGCAAGGACACGCCACUCCUGCUGAAGGAGGGGCAGGACGUGUUCAAGUUCUAUGCAAGUGGGAGACGGUUCUGCCAGGGGUUGCUUGCCACCAUGGAGAUGCGAGCGCGGUACGAUCUGCUGUCAAAGUUCGUCGAGUUGGUCUUCCCUAGGAAGGACACCAUCACAUUCGAAGUGAUAAUGAACGAAGAGGCCAUGGACCAUGUGGUUCUGGCUGUAGCCAGGAAGAAGGCGGCCAAGACAAUGCACAAAGAAGAGAGGGAUCUGCAAAGGUUUGCCAGUGUUCUCACUUCUGCACCUGCGGGGAGGAAGUGGGUGUCAGAUGAGCUUGCUGUGGUGGCUGAGUCAAAGGAGGUUGCUGGGGAUAUGAUCACUGAAGCUGUGCUUGAUCAGGUUCUUGGUGAGAAGACGUUCGAGAAAUUUGGAAAGUGGUUCAUCUCGCUUCAUUUUUCGGACCAGUUGGCAGGAUCCUACAAGAAGGUCCUUACAUUCAAGUUUGUAUUGCCAGAUGCAAGCAACAUGUCAGAGAUGACAAGAUUGGUUUCUCUUGUGCCAUACUACAUUGAUUUGGUUGGGCGUUAUAAGCUCAGCUCUCAUGCUCGCUCUAAAACUGAUGGAGCUAGAACGAAGGCUGCUCAGGAAGCUUUUAGGGAACUACAGAGUGCCAGGCAGGAGGCCCUGCAAAGGAAAAAGGCUGAAAAGAAGAAACUCAUGGAGGAGACAGAUGCCAAACUAAGCGCUGAGGCACUCCGGAGGAAAGAUGAAAAGGAAAGGGCUAGGCAACUGAAGAAAUCUGGGCCCAAAGUGAAGAUGCUCCGCUCUUGAAUCUACCACGGGUUGGCUUUUGCUAUUCACCUUUUGAGUGUCUGCUAGACUCAUUUACAUUCCAAUUUUGGGCCACGAUGUUUCCCUUGAGAAUGAGCAAAAAGGAUCGAGGAGAAAAGAAUCCUCACUGGCGUUUUGGCUUUUAUUGGAUGUGUGCCCGAAAUAUCUGUAGUCACAUUCGCCCACGUAACUUCGAAAAAAUUGUUAUGCAUAAGCUUUGCUGUAUGAGAAAUAGAACUUGCAUGAUUAACUGUGAA